UCGCGAAUCAAACGGUCGUUAACGAUAAAAUGGUGACGGGCAUUUUGAAAGGUCCCCAGGGGGGCCCUCGCGGUCCCAAGGACAGGAGUUUGGGUCAAGCUUUCUUCGAAAACGCUCGCAAAAAUGGCGACAAAAUUUUUCAAAUUGAUGCUGAUACUGGAAAAUACGAAACCUUCGAGCAAGUGAAAAACAGAUCGGUACCCGUGGCCUUGGCAUUGAUAAGGUUGGGUGUAGGUGCCGAAGACGUCAUCUUGCUAUGCUGUAAGAACAACGCGGACAACAUAGUGCCCGCGCUAGCCGCGUGGUUCAUCGGCGCUAGCGUCGCCUCGGUAGAUCCCAAGCAACAGCCUUAUGACGUCAGGCGUUCCCUGAACAUCGUAGAACCCAAAGUGCUUUUCGUUGUUGAAGAUGCUGUCCCAUUGAUAGAAGAAAGCCUGAAAGACUUCGAGAUAGUACCGGUAGUGAUUGUCAUAGGCCGUUCUGAGAAGUACAAGACUAUGGAAAACAUGCUGGGUAACAAUGGUGAUGAAAUAGGCUCUUUUGAACCGGUGAAAAUUAAGAAAGAUCAGACGGCCGUGAUAAUAUUCAGUAGCGGAACCACCUCCACUCCAAAAGGCAUCUGUAUGAGUCACUUCUCGUUACUGUAUGGCAUGCACGGCCUUUCCGAGCAUUUCGGUUACAAUCUGGACGUUUGCGCCCACCUCUCAUCAUUAUUUUGGAUAUCUGGAGCCAUGGUAUCAGGUUGGUGUAUAGCGAAGGCAAAGACGAAAGUCGUCGGGUCUGGUAUCACCGGCGAGAAGUUCCUCGAGCUUGCCGACAAGUAUAAAAUGACAUAUGCGUUUACUUCAGGCGAAUUCACAUAUUCCGUGACCAAUUUGGCCGAGAACGUUAUAGCGAAAUACGAUACCUCUUCGUUUCAAGUUCUUCAUUUAGGUGGCGCCACCAUGGACCCUAAACAGGUCGCGAAGGUGAGAAGCGUUCUGAAGCAUACCAAGGUCACUUUGGCGUACGGGUCUAGCGAGGCUCACUAUGUGACUGCCUUUGAUCUCAACUGCCAGAAAGCCUACGAGGAAAAGCUAGUGUCUUCUGGCACACCAGUACCAGAUGUCCAAUUAAAGUUUGUAGACGUGGAGACUAGAACGCUAGUAGGUCCUAACCAGCAAGGCGAGUUAUUGAUUAAAAGUCCAUACCUGUCGACUGGAUACCAUAAGCUGGACAAGCCCGACUCGUUUGACGAAGAAGGUUUUCUCAAGCAAGGCGAUCUCGGGUACUACGAUGAAGAUGGAUACGUUUACGUCACGGACAGAAUUAGCGAGACAUUCAAGUACCAACUGUUCCAUGUAUCGCCGGCACUCAUUGAAGAAGUUUUCCAGCAGCAUCCCUCUGUUCACGAAGCGGUUGUGUUCGGUGUACCGCACCAUGGAGAUAGGUUUCAUCCUGCCGCUUGCGUCGUACCGAAGAAAGGUUCGGAUAUCGACGUGGACGAGUUGAUCGAGUUUGUAAACGCUAGGGUAUCGGAUAGUCAUCGCAUCAGAGCUGGCGUGAAAGUAGUUGGGAGUUUGUCAAGAACUCUCACUGGUAAAAUUCAAAGGAGAAGCGCUAAGGAACAGUUCUUAAAUAUUCAAAAAUGUUAAUAUUGUUCACUACUUAAAUAAACUGUUUACUAU